AUGGAGCCGUUCACGGUGCCAAACCCGGACAAGUUCUCCAAGGCCUUGGGGCUGGUUUUCCAAGGCUCAAAUAUAAAUGGGAAGAUUUGGGUUUUUGUUGAAGAGGGUGCAAGCUUUAGUGUUGAGUGUGACACGGAGCAGGUCCUUCAUGGCCGAGUUGAGUCCACCCGCCUCAUGGGUCACAUUUGUAUUUCGGCAGUAUAUGCGAAGUGCACAAGGGGUGAGAGGGUACUUUUGUGGGACAAAAUGAGGGAAAUUUCUGUGGCUUCCGAAGAUACUCCUUGGAUGGUUGGGGGAGACUUCAACACCAUUCUUUCGACGUGUGAUAGGGUGGGAAGUGACACUAACCGACAAGCCGACAUGGUGGAUUUUGCGGAAGCUAUUGAAGACUGCAGAGUUCUGGAUCCGGGCUUUGAUGGCUCAUCCUUCACAUUGGCCAAGAAUGGCCUGUUUGAAAGGCUUGAUCGAAUUUUGGUGAACGAACCAUGGGCACAGCUCUUCGAAGCGACUAGGGUGACUAAGUUGCCACGUGUAUCUUCGGAUCAUGGCCCUGUUCUGGCCCGGUGUAAAACCCCAUGCACCUAUUCUGGGGGCAGACCGUUCCGGUUCCAAAACAUGUGGACUAGGCAUGAGGGUUUCGCGAACCUGGUACGGGAAGACUGGAGCCAACCGACGGGGGCUGAGGGACUUCUUAAUCUACAAAUCAAACUUGCACGAAUAAAGAAAACCUUUAAGGAGUGGAACAAGGCAGUUUUCGGGAACAUUCAUGACAACCUUCGGGCCUUGGAGGAAAAAAUUGUGGCUGCCCAAGCGGGCUUUGAGGAGAGGCCCUCCCCAGAGAAUAGGACCGAAGUCAACAGAUGUAUUGCCAUUUAUAUCCGGCUCUUUUGGCGUCAAAAGGUGACGCUUAGAUGGCUAGCGGAAGGCGAUAAGAAUACCAAAUUCUAUCAAAGCUGGGUUAAACAAAAGAGAUUACGGAUGAGCAUUCACAAGAUUAAUGUAGGGGGGAGAGAACUCUCGGAUGACUUGGAGAUUAGAAACUCGGUGGUGGAAUUCUUCCAAAACCUCCUUGCCUCAGGGCCUCUCACACUCUUGGAGCCGGAUCUGAGCUUGAUCCAACGCCUCCCUCCAUAA